AUGCCACUAGUAAAUAAUAAAGUGGGCGAUGAAUGCACGGUCAGCACUGACAAAUCUUCGACUGAUGCAAAAGCUCUGGUGCAGUCCCUAAUCAAGGUGGUAGCAUGUCACCGUCACCUGGCCUCAUGUGUGGGCAGCUGCACAGACUCCUUGCAGCUCAGAGACGAGCUCAGAAAGACACGAGAGAGAGCCGUGGAACUGGCCACGUCCAUCUGCUCCCACCUGACCAGAACUCUGCGAGACAAGAACCUGCCCCAGGUGCAGAGGAAGGAAACGGAGCUGCUCUGGGUGGGCUUCUCCUCCAGCCUCGAACUUCUGCACCUGGACAUGUGUAAGGUCUUCAAGAUGGCUGAUACUUUUACUCUGGCCGAUAACGUCUCCCUGGUGCAGACAGGAUUACAAGGAGGGGCGUGUGAGGUAUGUGCCAGAGCUCUGAGUGUAGCAGACCUUCAGCAGACCGAGAGCACAGCGCCUCCUGCUGAUUUGGAAGGGCAGGAGCGCUGCAGCCUGGAGCAGGACAUCAGCCAGAUGGAUCACAUGAUCGACGACAUGGAGACCAAGGUGAACGUGCUUCGCUGGAUGGUGGAGCCUCAAGGGCCGCAGUUUCCUCUCUGCAGCACAGACAGCUCUUCCAUGGCCCUGUUGUCUGUGGAUGAGGAGAGUCCCGGGACAGAGGAGGGACCUAAGCCCCUGUGUCAGCGCAGCCUGGUGUUUGUGCUGCUCAUGUUGUGUGGUGUGGUCGCUGUGGCCACCACUCUGUCCAUCUGCAUUGUCUUCUUCUCAUGA